UCCUAAUGAUAUUAAUAUAAGCUAUUUGGUUUGAGGACAAAAACAUUUUACUUGGUUUUCUGUGCGGACCCUAGGAGUCUGCUAAUUCAGUAAUUUGUUACACCUUACUUUGGAUUUGUUGUGUAUUGUGAGUUUAGCUCUUCAUUUCGUCUUCCCCCCAGACUGUCACUUACUUACUCUACUCGGCGGUUGAUAUGGUGUAUAGGUUUUAAGGUUGUUUUCUCUCCCUUCUCUCCGUUAAUCCACUCUGAGCUGCCAUGGAUAGAUACCAGAAGGUCGAAAAACCGAAACCAGAGUCUCGCAUAAACGAAAACGAGAUUCGAAUCACUUCUCAGGGCUUGAUCCGGAACUACAUUAACUAUGCUACCACUCUUCUUCAGGAGAGACAUGGGGAAGAUAUUGUCCUGAAAGCAAUGGGUCAGGCAAUCAGCAAGUCAGUACUUGUUGCAGAAAUUAUCAAGAGAAGAUUUCCUAGAUUUCACCAGGAUACUGCCAUCAGCUCUGUAAGCAUAACAGAUGUUUGGGAACCCAUUGAAGAGGGGCUUGAGAUUGUGGAGCAGACUCGCAAUGUUUCCAUGGUUUCGAUCACCUUAUCAAGUAAAGAACUAAACAAGAACUCUCCCGGGUAUCAAUCCCCAUCUCAUGCUGCUGAUAAUCGGAAACGUUAUAAUAACUACCAGCCACAGCUACCACCUAGACAGUCACGCCCUGCUUAUGGUAGUCGUGGUAAUGAAGAUUUUUAUGAUCGAGGAAGAGGUAGUGAUAGGAGAGGAAGGGGUUGGAACGGACGUGGUGGAUAUGGAAACUAUCAGGGGAACUACUAUAAUGGAAACCAUCAGGGGAACUACUAUAAUGGAAACUAUCAAGGGAAGUAUCAAGAGAACUAUCAUGGGAGCUACCAUAGAAAUUAUCAAGGGUACUCAAACUGGGGACGAGAUGGUGGUCGCAGUGGUUGGGGUUACCGUGGGUCAGGAGGAUAUGCAGGCAGCGGUAGGGGCGGAGGUGGUAGGGGCUAUGGUCGUGGAAGGAUGGGCAACCACGGUCCUUCAAGAGGAGGUGGUGAGUAUCAUGACUACUAGGUUUGCCUGGGUUGUCAUGAUUUUUUGGGGUGGCGUCACUUAUCUACUGAACUGCUAGACGAUUUUUAUUAGCACCCAAAAAGUCUUGUUUCAGUGCAUUGCAUUUUAUGAAGCCAUGAAAUUCCAAGUGUAGCUAAUUUUUGUCUGUCUUCAUUUAAUGCACCACUCUUACAAGUGUGUAUAUAAUGGGUCAGCUGCUCGUUGCUCAUGUUACAUAUUAGUUGUUCCAAAUUGUACUCUGAUUUCCUAGUUCCUCU